CCGGAGCACAGCCCCCGGGGACCAAUAGUCGCGAAACGGUGAAUGUGUCGCGUGCAACGUACGUAAACCAUUAAGCAUCGCGGAAGCACGAGUCUCUGACCGAUAAAGAAAACGAUCGAGCCACGAUUAGACGUAGGAGGAUCCAACGAUCUCUGGACCGAGCGGGGAAACAACGCCGUUUUAGUGGUGAAAGAGUGAAACCGGAAGCGACGGGGGCGGUGAAAACCGCGGGACACUUGACUCGACUCGUUUGAAAAGGGCGCGUCGAUCGAGAGCGAAUAGGAGAAGGACGCAAGGGGUAUCCUCUGUUCAAGUGUUUGCUAAUCGUCUGGAAUUUCUGCAAGGAGCAAGGGAAUUAAUCAACGGGAACAGACUUCAGAUCACACGACAACGAGGAUCGAGGGAAUGACGGCAAGGCCCAGCGCAAAACGGACGGGAUUGUGUCUGCUGACACUGUUGUUGUCCUGCUUCUACAGCGGCAACGUCCUCGUAGCCGGGGAACCGGAACCGAUUCCGUCUGAGCUGCUCGACACCGACGACAGUUUCAACACCGAUAACUACAUCCUGUGGAACAGACUGAAGCACGUGAUCCAGGCGAGGAAGGACACGUUCGAGAGGGGGAAGGAACUCGAGGAAGAGCAGAUGAUUAUUCAAUCGGCACUGGAAACCAGGGCGAAGGUCAAGUCGCGACUCCCCCCUGGCGACUACUCCGCCGAGGAACUUCCGACGCCCAACGCGAUGGUCAGCCAACCGCGGCGUUCUGAGAAACGGACCACCCUAAACUAUGCCGUGACCCUGUGCCACUUCAAGAUCUGCAACAUGGGACGCAAGCGGCAGUUGCACAAAUAAAAACCGGUAAAUAGAUCAUUCACGGACAGCGGCCACGUCGAGAAUGGUCGAGCCUCUUGCGCGGUGCACCCUCUGCCGCGAAAAACAACCGAAAUCUGCGCGCGCAGCACAAAAAGCGGGAAGACAGUACCACAAGAAACUUCGGAGAUGACGUCACGACGCAGCGGUGCAGCACGAACGAGAGCAGCAGCGACAUCUUACAUCAGGCGUAACCAACUAUUCAACCACCGACGAACACAAUCUCCGGAACAUCUUUUGCGAAUAUUCAUGCGACUCUGUCGAGCAAAUGAUUCGAAAUCUCAACGGUACGCGAAAGCUCCAUCUCUCGAAACUUCCCACGCACUUCGACGAUCCAUCGAGGCGGUCAGAGAUGGGCAAAAUUUUAGGUAAAGAAGUCCGAACAACGGAAUAAAAGAUAACUUCGAUUCGAUGAAAAUUAGAAUAACCGUUCGAAUGGAUCUCGCGAAUAAUAACUUCGGUGUCGGUGGUUUUUCGCACCUUUCUGUAUCACAAUCGUUUCGAUGAAUUCUUAUUCUUUUACAAUUUCCAUUUAUUUCUCAAAACAACCAAAAAGUCAUUAGUCUCGGAAGUAUUAAAAUAUUACAUUGGUUCGUUAAGAACUAUUGAAAUACAUAUUGUUUCUAUAAAACAACCACGAAAUCUUAUUACUAUGUUGCUAUUCUUAUUAUAAUUAAUAGAAACUCUUCAGGAGGUUAAGGACUCUUAAUUUAAUCGAAUAAUCACCGACACCAAAAUAAUUAGUUUCAAGUCCUUGCUGGAAUCGUAUCAAAACUCUAGAUAAUUUCCUAGAACGUACGACGUUAUCUAUCAGAACUUUAUGCGAAUUAUGGAUUAUUAAAUGUGCUAAGCUUUCCACCUCGAGAUCGAUCGGGAACUUUCGAGCGAUCGAGCUCAGAAUUUCGUACCGCGUGGAAUGAAACUAACCAGACUCGCGUCGCCCUUUCCAAUUCUGCACUGUGACCGCGACGAACAUUUUCCGAAGCUUCCGUGCGUAGUUCGCUCAUUCGAAGACGAGAUGGCGUGUUCCGACUGGCUCGGACGCGCCACGACCAGGAAUGUUCGAUUUUUGCGUAGAAAAAAAUCGAUUCUGGAGUCGAUUUCGAAUCGAGAUGACUGGAAUCGAUUAACUAAAAAAUCGAGUAAUGGAAAAUCAAUUCGAAACAUCCUUUUUAUCGAUUAUAUUUCAUCCAGAUAGAAAACAAACUCGGGUAAACAAGACCACAUGUUUUCGCCCAAAAGUAGAUCGUUAUUAUAUUUUUAUUUUUAUAUAUAUAUAUAUGUUGUCUCUUAGUGACAUAUCCGUUAGAAAAUUGUAAUUAUUAGACGUAAAUGGUAACUAGCAUAACCUUUAUUAAAGUUUGGAUGUAUGUGAAUUUGUUUACCCGAAUGUAUAUCGUCUCGCUGGACGAAUUAUAUAUAUAUGGCGCCAUCUAUCGCGGCGACCAUAAAUAUUUUCAUUUCUUUUCAUGAUACAAAAAAGUGUCUCAGGGAGAUAUUAUUUUUGUCUCGAAGGGACAAGUAUUAUUGUAAACAAAAUCUUGUUCUCAAGAUAGCAGUUUUCGAAAUUUCAAGAUGAUCGGCAUUUUAAAAGAACGAAAGGCCGGAUUUUCAUUAUCACAGUAUUGCAACUGACGGAAAAAGCGAAUUCAACCAUUCACGACAAUGGUUGUUUUCUUCUCGCCGGGUGAACCAUAAAACUAUAUUUGACACAUACUCUGAUAUCUUUAGGUUAGCUUAUUUAAGAGACGUUACGAAGGAAAAAAAUUAACCAAAAAUUUAGUGGUAAAUUAAUCGCUGUUUAUUAGUCAUUCGAUGGUAGGGAAGUUAAAAAAUAGUAAAAUUCAUAAUCGUUUUGUUGGAAGGGACGUUCCCCGCAGCUUCUAGAUAAUCCUACGAUUCGAUCAUUUUUAUGGGAAUGUCCAAUCAGAAAAAUUUGGAGGCUCCAACGAGAUCACUCGUUUUUAUUCCAAGAAGAGGAAAUUAAAUUUACGUAAAAUUUAAUAAGAAAAAAGAAGAACAAAAUUUAUGCUACACGAGAGGCUGGACUUAUCGACGAUCGAUUAACUAAAACGAAUCGAUCGAAAAAAAUCGAUAGACGCCUGGAAGAAGAUCGAUUUUCUAGAAAAUCGAUUCAGAAUCGAGCAUCCCUAGUCCCGACCGUCGAUAACACAAAAGAUGGAACGACGAGAGCGAAGAACGAACGCUUGUAGUAUUCUGCAGUAUAAUAAUUUCAUCCAGCGAUCGAGGACACUGCAAUCGUGACCAAAACAAGAUAAUAACGUUCGAAUAAUUGUAAAAUAACCGAAUGGUACUAAACCUUGUACAGGUUAUCCAACCAAAUAAGAAUUAGGUAACCAGAUCUGACCCAAAAUGGCUAACCUUA